UUUACAUGGGCCUGUGGCGGGAAAAAUUGGCGACACACUAUCAACAAUAUGGCAGGAUAUGAACAUUUCCGAAAAAAGAAUCUUGAUGAUAACCGGCGUAUUUUGGCCGAACUCGGCCUAUCAAACCUGUGUCCAAAAGCAUCAAAAGUAACAUUUAAGAAAUAUAAGCAACCUACUCCAGCAACCACUCCAAAACCACCAAUUAACUGCCAGAAGAGGAAAUUAGAGAUUGAAGAAGAAGAGCUUGGGUCAAUUAGAAAACGGAGGAGAAGAUCAGCAAGGAUUCAAGGCACAAAAGCAGAAGCUGCUGUAUUGGUGGAUGAAGACUCGGGAGAAGAGGAUGAGGAAGCUAAACCAAACAAAACAGUCUUCAGACCAAAGACGUAUGGAGCAAUUGAAGGUGUAGAUGUUGGGACUACCUGGAUGAUGCGUUUAGAUUGCUCUCGAGAUGGCAUUCACAGACCAACAGUUGCUGGCAUCCAUGGGGGUCCUGAGGGAGCCUACUCCAUUGCUCUGUCUGGUGGUUAUGAUGACAACAUAGACCUUGGGGAAGGAUUCACUUACACAGGAGAAGGAGGACGAGAUCUAAAAGGAACAAAGGCUAAUCCAAAGAAUUUAAGAACUGCUCCCCAAUCUAAAGACCAGACUCUGACUAGGGGUAACUUGGCUCUGAGCAUGAGUGUGGAAUCCAAGCAACCAGUGAGAGUGAUUCGGGGGUACAAGCUGGACAGCCCAUUCGCACCUGAGGAGGGAUACAGAUAUGACGGGUUGUAUAGUGUUGAAAAAUGUUGGUUUACCACUGGCUUAUCUGGAUUUGGUGUGUGGAAAUUUGCUUUGAAGCGCUGUCCAAACCAGGCACCUCCGCCGUGGACCUUGAAUGAGUCAUGCUCUGGUGAUGAAUCAACAGAUAACGAAACAUCUGAACAAAAGGUCAACACAAACACAGUGGAGGACAAAGAGAACAUGGAAUCAAACAAAAUGAAAUCCACUCAAGAUGAACAAUGAAAAAUAAAGUUGCUAGCGUUGUUGGAUAGAAAAAUGACAUUGUGUCAAAGAGAGUUCCAGGCAGCAUUAGAGAAUGAAACACAUGCUACAGCCAUGUGGUAGACAUUUAAAGUUUUGCUUUUGACUGUAUCAUUUUAUUUGAUAAUUUCAAUAUGCAUACAUAUAUAUAUUUUAAUACCGUUAUAUCUGUUUUUAU